AUGGAUGCAAAAAUCUUAAAUUUCGCACGUAAUAAUGACUAUAAUCAGCUUCGUGAAUAUAUCAGCGAUUAUGAAACUGCCGAGAUAACUCAAGUCGUUGCACGAUAUUUGAGUGAUGAGAAUCUUCUGACGGGAGAUAAAAGAGAUUGCUUUACGGUUUUACGAUCAAUACUUAAAGCAACCCCACCUGACAACGACAAGAACAAGGCGAGAAGAUCAGCCAUUUUGAUAACUUUUGUUAAAUGGCUUGAUGAGAAAGGGAACCACGUUUCUCAGUCAGUUGAUAAAUCCAUAUCUGAAAUCGUUGACUUACUGGACAGCGAGAUUGAUAGCUUCCAAGUGACAUCAAUGAUCGAGGCAACGAAUCACAUAAUCGACUCUAUUAAUCAAAACAGACCGUUGCAUCCGAAACUUCUUGCAUUUAUUCCUAAAUUUCUGUCUACUUUGGAUGCAUUUGAAUCGGUUACAAUACGUACGGCAACCGGGACGAGGAGUUUCACUGGAACACAAUAUAGGGAUAUCAUCUUGAACAGAAUAUGUCUUGCUAAAUGGCACAUUGAAAAUGUAUUAAGUAUUAUCAGUAUGUUCCCGGACAUACCAAUGUCAAAAGAGACGGCUGAAUGUGCUGUGGAGAAAGUCAUGAGUUACUUCGAUGACAUGGAUGCAAACGAGACUCCUCCUAUCGUGUAUAAACUGCUUUUACUUUCAAGAAAGGAUCACAAGCGCGUAAUCAUCAAAGGCAUCACAUCUUAUUAUAACCGGCUAGAUGAGACACAUAUAACAACAAGUCAGGUAGAUACUACGCCGCCAUCAUCUUCAACGUUUUCGCAAGUGAGCCAUAUCGAAGGAACAGUGCUGAUUCACUUCUGUUUCGCAGUUAAGCAGGAUCAGGAAUUAGGCGUUGAACUCAUCAAAUACAUUAAAUCGGAAAAAUCAUCUGGUUUGACACCAUUUAAUCUCGCUUGUUUGUUGUCAGUAGCAAGAAUACAUAGAUUUGAAGACACGAUACUUGAUUAUCUGAAAUCAGCCAUUACAGCUACAUUUAAAGAUAAAGAGAGGCUGGAAAAAUCUCCAUGGAUAAGCGCUCUCUCAUUCAUUGAUACAUCUGUGCCUGUACUGCAGAUAUUUUCUGAGCUUAUUAAAAAGACUGCUUAUGGAUGGGAUCAGACGACACAGAGUCUGAUUCAAUUGGGAGUUCUUCUUAUGGAUUCAACUGGAUCAACAUUAGUCAAUAGAAAAGAUACGCUUAAGCCAAAGGGAUCUCCGAUGACUACGACAGACAUGGUUGGGGAACUUGCUACAAGAAUUCUAUUAGAGAUGUUUAAGCUUCACGACGUUGUUCGAAAUGAAAUAUUGGAUCAAAUAUUAAACCGUAUCAUUGGGAAGUCGACUAGUGUUACAUAUUUCUUACGUCUAUUGGAAAUGAUUGUGUAUGAGGCUCCUCAGGCAUUACAUAGCUACUUACCGCGGAUUAAAGAGGCCUUUGAUUAUCUGUCAUUACUGCCACUAUCAACAGCCAAAGGACUGUUGACGGCAGUACAACCGAUAGUGUAUAUGAAUCAAUCUUUUCGUGAUAGCCUUAUCCUCGUAUUGCGUAAAGCCAUGUUCUCCAGGGAUGUGUCUGGUAGACAGAUUGCCGUGACUGGGUUAUUAAGUCUUUUGAGAAUGACUGCUGUAACGAGCGGGCAAUCUUCUGAAUCUGUAGCAACGUCUUCCAUAUCCAAUCCGGAUCAUCACACUCAGACUCUUGCAUUAGAGAUACUUGGAAUGCUACGCAAGUGCUUCAGUUUACAGCCUCAGAUUAGACUUGUACUAUACGAGGGGCUGAUGAAUUUAAUGGACUUUCGUCACGAUCUCAACCGUACGAUAUUUGAGACGAUAUAUCCUCAUUUUAUGAAAUAUUUUGAAAUGGAAACAGGUGUUCAUGCUACAAUUAAACUCGAGACUUGUAUUGAUGCAUCUAACGAUGAGCCAACAAUAAUUGAGCCAUUGCCUUACCUACUUUCAUGCCUGAGCAAAUCCAUUGCAUUGAUGUUAAAAAAUAAAGACUGUAGCGAAAAUGACACCUUUGAGGAGGAACAAUUCAAAGAAUGCAGAAAUCAGCUGCAGUUGCUCGCUGAUAGAAUGACGAAAUCUGAUAUGGUUGAUUUGUCGGUUGACCCCUGUGCCGAUUUUAAUAUUACUUCUAGCGAAGGUAUUCGAAAUAACAUUAUUGUUUCUUUAUUACUAGGAUGUUACGAGGCUAUGAUCGAGCACUGCUACUUCUGUAAUGACAACGUCGUGGAUGCAGCAGAGAACAUCUCAAAACUAUUCAAGCGAUACAUGGCAUUGCUUGAUAUACUCAAAGAGAAAUCAAUUAGUACCAAAGGACGCAAAAUGCUCACAGCAAAUAUAGAUAUAUCCACACUGAGCUUCCGGUGCAUAGCUGAAUUAUGUCAAUUCACGUUUGAGGACAGUAGCACCACCACUGUGAAUCAGGCGAAGAAGAUCUUAAGGAGUGAUACCGACUUUGUAAAAUAUCUCACUACAGCAGCUCAUCACAAAAUAUCGGAGAUAUUGUCUAGGCUUGACUCUGAAGACAUAUCUAGCUUCAACUAUUGCGUAUCAAUGGCAAAGGUGUUUAUGAAUGAAUUCAUAAGGAAGAACAACGAGAAUAUCAGUACUCUAUAUAUAUCCGACAAAAAAGAGAAGGCAUUUAUCGAAUGUUUUACACUCUUAACCGAAGCUGUUGCUACCCGUUGGCCAGAGAAAUUGGUCGAAUUUCUCUCAAUGGUAUAUCCAACUGAUGAGAAAGAAGACACUACUCACACUGAUCUGAAUAGAUGGCUUGGAGCAUAUAUCGUUGAAUUUGAGCGUCUGAUAAUGACAACAAUAGAUGAAAAAACUCCAUUAAUAAGAGAAGCCUCAAGUCUAUGUCAAACGCUAUCUUUGUUUGCAAAACAAUUUCUUAAGCGUCCCAAUCAAAAUAACUCUAAAGAACAUUUGGAACAAUUAAUCGCAUGGCUUCGUGACCUCUGUUCGGAUCGUGAGAUAGACGAUUCGAACUUGGCUAAGAACUUUGUAAGCCUGCUAAUUAAAUUGGAAAAAGACAUCGGUGACUUCAACAUUGCAGCCGAGUUUGCACAGGAUGUGUUGACAGUGUGGGGUGAGAUUGAUGCGGAAGCAUACGAAUCGAAUGCUGUUAAACCAAAGUAUGCCAUCGUAAAUGCUAGAACAGGAGUACACGUCUGUAAUGUGUUAAUAACUUUCUUAAUGGAGACUAUGGAUGAUAUUGAUUGGUGCUUAGGACGACUGAAGGGAUCUGUCGAAGGGGCAUCGACUGUAUCUCCUAUAUGUAAAAAGCUUGAAAUAAUGAUACGCACAAUCGUAUCCUUGGAACGAGCAAGCCUGCCAAUAUCUUCGGCUGAACACUUGAUCAAGUGUCUCAUAAAAACGUAUAAAGUGUUAGCAACAUUGACUAAACAUAUGAUUGCGACUGGCGGAGACACGCCUUCACACUUUGUUGAUAUAAUAAAACUAACUGGUGACCAGCUGACUGAGAACUUCUACACUCUUCUCAUGGCGUUCGGUCAAUUAAAUAGUGGAGGAAGACAGACAAGCAAUAACGGAAAGGGAAAGAGCAAGACUACAAAGGCUCGAAUCGCAAGAGAAUCCAAGCUUGUUCCCAGUGCAGUUUUUACUCAUGAACAGUUUGAGAAGUCAAUCCUCCAACUAUCCAAGAAAUCAAAGACAAACCUUAUGCAGUAUAUGAAGAGAUCUACAGCGCGUGAUUUCCGUAUAAAGGUAAAGAAAAUUGAUGAGGUCACAGAAGAACAGCUAAACAAACCUGACAAGAAAACCAAAAAGAGGACAAAUCCCGAUAGGGAUAAUAAAGACGUUGGUGAUACAAGUGAAGCAGGAAAAAUGAAUCGAAAAUUGAAGAAGAGUCGUUCUGAAUAA